AUGCACCAGCAGCCAAGAGAUCGAUCCGAGGAGGAUUCCCUCUUCUCGCAAGGGAGACUUCAGGCUGCAGAGCUAGACCCAGAAGCCCUCGCCAUGGCUGCUCCCUCCGACCCUUUGGACGAUGUCUUUGGCGCAGACAACGAUGCCCAUCCCCAUGACGUCGCGCCUCCAGCGCCAGCGUCCACGCACCCGACGGACAUGAGCCGUCUGCAGGCCGAGCACAGCACCGCGGGCUACCGCGAAGGCGUGUCCGUCGCCAAGGAGGCGAGCAUCCAGCCGGGCUUCGACGAGGGCUUCAGCCUGGGCGCGACGAUCGGGCAGGCCGCCGGGCAUCUCCUCGGCCUCCUGGAGGGCAUCAGCGAGGCGCUGGCGCCCGCGGGCGGCGACGCGGCGGCCGAGGCGGAGCGGCUGCUGGGCCAGGCUCGCGAGGAGCUCAGCACCGGGUGUAUUUUUAGCCCUGACUACUGGGCCCCCGACGGGAACUGGACCUACCCGGUUGGGCCGACGGGCGGGCAGCAAAGGGAGACGGAGGAGGAGGAGGAGGAGGAGGGGGGGGUGCUGUUUCCUGACGUGGCGGCGGCGCACCCCUUGAUCAGGAAGUGGACUGGCGUGGUCGACGGGCAGGUGAAGCGGUGGAAUAUCCGGCUUGACAUCCUGCGCGACGAGACGGGCCCCAGGAUGGAAGUCAUCUCGGAUGAGCAGACCAAGUCGAGUCUCGUGCAAAAGACGAACAAGGCACUGGACUGGUGA